AUGCUGAAGGCACAACAGUUUCUCUGUUACUUCUUACUCUCAUGCACUGUAUUUCUACAGUUCAUUCAAGGUGUUCCGGUCAACCGCGGCCCUGAUGCUGCUGGGCUGUUGACACCGGCCGCGACGGAGAAAUACGCAGUCAUAUUUGAUGCAGGGAGCACUGGAAGCAGAGUCCAUGUUUUCCAUUUUGACAAAAACAUGGAUUUGGUUAAAAUUGGCCAAGAUUUUGAGUUCUUUGAAGCCAUAAAACCAGGGUUGAGUUCAUAUGCAGAUGACCCAAAUGCAGCAGCUGCAUCUCUGGAGCCUCUGCUUCAACAAGCUGAAGCCAUUGUUCCUAAAGAACUUCAGCCAACUACACCUAUCAAAGUUGGGGCCACGGCAGGACUCAGGUUGCUGAAAGGAGACACCGCUGAAAAGAUUUUGGAAGCUGUGAGAACUUUGAUCCAAAGUGAAAGCUCUCUCAAGUACAAGGCAGAGUGGGUGAAUGUGCUUGAAGGUACUCAGGAAGCUACAUCUUUCUGGGUUGCUAUAAAUUAUUUGGUGGGAACAGCAGGGCUGGAAUACUCAAAAACAUAUGGAACAGUUGAUCUAGGUGGUGGAUCAGUGCAGAUGACUUAUGCUGUGCCAGAAGCAUCUGAUAUUUCAAUUGGAAAGAAAAAAUAUGUUCAAGAAAUACUCAUCAGGGGAACAACUUAUCAUCUCUAUGCCCACAGUUACUUGCGCUACGGAUUGCUAGCUGGACGUGCUGAGGUUUUAAAGGUGUCUAUAAACACCAGUCAUCCUUGUAUUCCCUAUGGUUACCAAGGUACCUACACCUAUAAUGGGAAAGUUUACGAAGCAUCAGCUCUUCCGACCGGCGCAAACAUAAAGAUAUGCCGUGCAUUUGUUCUGAAUGCGCUGAAAGUUGACGCGCCUUGCGAGCACCAGGCCUGCACAUUCAAUGGAGUCUGGAAUGGUGGAGGUGGAGCAGGACAGAAGAAUCUCUAUGUUUCUUCCUUCUUCUAUGACAUUGCUAGAGAGAUCGGCAUCAUUGAUCCAAAUGCUCCUUCUGGCUUUGCUCGCCCUGUGGACUUCAAUACCGCAGCAAAGAUAGCUUGCAGGACUAAAUACAGUGAUAUUGCGACUAGAUUUCCAAAUGUCGAAGAAAGAGACAGACCUUAUAUAUGCUUGGAUCUUGUUUACCAGUACUCGUUGCUUGUGGAUGGAUUUGGUUUGAGCCCAUAUCGCAAGAUUACACUGGUGAACAAAAUCAAAUACAAGGACUCCCUGUUUGGAGCUGCAUGGCCACUCGGUUAUGCUAUUCAGGCGGUUUCUGAAAGCGAAAGUUCAUCAACGAACAAUAUAUGA